CCGUCAAAAAAGUCAAAAUAAAUGUCAACUGAAAAUAAUUCAACUGAUGUUUUGCAAAGUUUUAAAAAUUAAAGAAAAAUUAACACCAGGAAUAAAUAGUUGCAUUACAACGUAUUCUCACGAUCAAGCACUGUUUGCUACAUCAAUAUUCAUUAAUCUGUAAAAUAAGAAUCUGCAGCCAUGGGUCGAAAAGUGACGGUGGCGGUGACGACGCUAAACCAAUGGGCUCUGGACUUCGAAGGGAACAUGAAUAGGAUUCUGCAGUCCAUACAGGAGGCUAAGGAAAUGGGAGCAUUGUAUCGAACUGGGCCUGAAUUAGAAAUAUGUGGUUACAGCUGUGAGGACCAUUUCUACGAGCCAGAUACAUAUCUCCACAGUUGGCAAGUGCUCGCAGAGCUCCUCAAAUCUGCGACAUGUAAAGAUAUGUUGAUCGAUGUCGGCAUGCCUGUUCAACACAGAAACGUCCUAUACAACUGCCGGGUAGCGUUCCUUAACAAAAAGAUUCUGCUUAUCAGACCAAAGAUGUUACUAUGUGAAGAUGGAAAUUAUAGAGAAUCUAGGUGGUUUUCGCCUUGGACCAAAGAACGACAGACUGAAGAAUACUAUUUACCUAGGAUGAUAUCGGCGAUAACGAACCAAACGACGGUGCCUAUUGGUGAUGCUGUUAUUUCGACUAAAGAUACGUGUAUAGGUUUUGAAAUUUGUGAAGAAUUAUGGAAUCCGCAGAGUCGCCACAUUCCUCUCGGUUUGGACGGUGUGGAGAUCAUAGCGAAUGGUUCGGGAAGUUACAUGGAACUGCGCAAGGCUUACGUCACAGUGGAUCUAGUCAAGAGUGCCACCUUCAAGAGUGGGGGUGCUUAUUUGUUCAGCAAUCUGAGGGGAUGUGAUGGCCAGAGGAUAUAUUUCAAUGGCUGUUCCUGUGUGGCUGUUAAUGGGGAGAUUGUUAGUAGAGGAAUGCAGUUUGCUCUGCAUGAUGUGGAAGUAGUAACAGCAACGAUCGAUCUAGAAGAUAUUCGUUCCUAUCGGACACAGAUCCGAUCUCGAUCUCACCUAGCGGCCUCCAACCCGCCGUUUCCUCGCAUCACAGUCGACUUCGCACUAUCUGAUGAUGAAGACGUAUAUCUUACCACUAGUCCCCCUAUACAGUGGCAGUAUUUAACGCCUGAGGAGGAAAUUGAACUAGGUCCGGCUUGCUGGCUAUGGGAUUACCUAAGAAGGUCAGGCCAGGGAGGAUUCUUUCUACCGUUGAGUGGUGGGGUGGAUUCUACCAGUACUGCCUGUAUAGUUUUCUCCAUGUGCACACAGAUUUGUGAUGCUAUUCAGAAAGGAGAAAGUCAAGUACUGUACGAUGUUCGCAAAAUCCUUUGUCAGUCAGACUACACGCCCUCUGAUCCGAUGGAGCUGUGUAAUCGGUUACUAGUGACGUGUUAUAUGGCUUCGGAGAACUCUAGCCAGGAGACUAAGCAACGAGCUUCGCAGUUGGCCAGCGAGAUCGGUAGCUAUCACUUUCCGAUAGUCAUUGACGCAGCAGUGAGUGCAGUUAUUGGUAUAUUCACCAGCGCUACUGGCUUCGUACCCAAGUUUAGAACUAAGGGCGGAUGUCCGAGGCAGAAUCUGGCUUUGCAAAAUAUACAGGCUCGUCUCCGUAUGGUUCUGUCCUACCUGUUCGCGCAACUGAUGCUCUGGGUGCGCGGUAGACCAGGUGGCCUAUUAGUCCUCGGUUAAUUAGAACUUUUAAAAGAGCUUGAUCCCAUUCUCGUCUCCGUACAAUGCAAUUAAUUUAAUAUGCUACACGAUAAUAUAACACAAAAUCAGAAUAUUAAUACAUUAACCUAUUUCAUCAGAUUCUUCUUGCCAUCCCUCUCGGAGAUAUUACAAGCGCCUCCUACAGCAGAACUGGAGCCCCUGACGGACGGUCAGAUAACACAGACAGACGAGCAAGACAUGGGCAUGACUUACGCGGAGCUCUCUGAGUUUGGUAGACUGAGGAAGACACAGCACUGUGGACCGUUCAGCAUGUUCCAUAAACUAGUUCACACUUGGAGUGAUAAGUGUACGCCGAAUGAGGUGGCAGAAAAAGUGAAGCACUUCUUCCGUUGCUACGCGAUCAAUCGUCACAAGAUGACUGUCCUAACUCCUUCGUAUCACGCGGAGACAUACAGUCCUGAUGACAACCGUUUCGACCAUAGGCCAUUCUUGUACCGAGUACAUUGGAACUGGCAGUUCAAAGCCAUCGAUGAUGCUGUAGCACAGAUGUCGAAAGAAAAGCGUGGAUCCAACGAUAGACCGCAAGACGUGAAACUGAGCAGUGCUUCAACAUCCAACGUAAAUUCACACUUUAUGAGGGGCGAUAGGAAAGGCGUCCUUAUAUAAUCAUCAUAUGUAUUUACGUAGUUAUAUAUCCCUGUAUUGUUGCUGUAACGAGAUAUAGACAAUAACGUAUGCUGACUUUGUUGUUGUGCUUUACAUUAGAAGUCGUAAUUAUGUAGACUUGCUUAGUAAAAUUUAGAUCCGCAAUAAAAUUUAUAAAUGGCCCAAGCCAGCAUUUCUUGUGUCAUAUGACUUCAAAAUAAAUUAUGUUCUUCCAGUGAUUUGAGUGUAAAGUUUAUUAAAGGAAUUUCAACACAUUAUUACGUACUAUUUAGCCAAUUAAUAUUGCUAUUAAUAUCUUGAAUGAAGACAACUUGGU